GUAGAGCCUAUACGUUCCAAAGUCAAACCCAAUUAUUGCGUACACUUGGGUGUAAUCAGUAGUCCAAAACGGGAGUUUCUAUUGGGGAAAUUCAGACAGGUCCCUCCCCAUUUCAUUCUGUUUGCUUCCGUUUAAGAAUGUUUUUCAACAGAAUCCGCGUAAUGAAUAGGUCCCUGAGCUCUCUGGGUGUAGCUAAAUCAUUCGCUCUGCGACCCCGCUUUCUCUGGACAGCGUGGGAAAUUGGCCCAAUUACUGUAAUGUAAAACAAUGAGCAUGUCAAUUGUGUUUGACCUAUUCUAUUGAAUGUUUCUCAUGAAAUGUGUUACUAGCUGGUCCAUUGCCAAAUUCGAGUUUGACGUUCCCAUAUUGAAUCCCAGGACAACAGUAACGUCCAACGAUGGCUGACAAAGUGAAGGUAUUCUGUAUCAUGUUCAACAAUGAAGACACGCGUGAAUACAGUCCUGGUGAAGUUCUCUCUGGACACGUUGUGGUCGAGGUGUCGACGGGUGUGUCAGUACAAAUCAAAGCUGUCAAAAUAUCGACUAGAGGAUGUGCCCAGGUCUGUUGGGGUGAAGGGACUCGGAAAGCAUCAUCACCGAGCAGUGCUGUUAUAGCAAACACAUCAUCUCAGUGUGAGCAGGUGGAAUACUUCUGCAUAUCUCAAACUCUCAAAGAAACAUCAGAUGGUGAGGAAUUCAUCAGUCUUGAUGAAGGGCAUUAUGAGUUCCCCUUUCAUGUGGAGCUCACUCAAACGCCCCUUGUUACCUCUUUUAAGGGGAAGUAUGGGAGUGUUUGCUAUGAGGUGACAGCUGUAUUACAGAGGCCCUUGAAUCAAGAUCAAACUGUCAGCAGAGAAUUCUCUGUUAUCAGCCAUGUUGAUGUCAAUUCCCCAUGGUUACUGUCCUCUGUGUCUACAAACAACAAGAAGAUGAUUGGCUGUUGGAUUUUUACCUCAGGCCCCAUCUCUCUGAAUGUCAAUAUCAACAGAAGGGGCUACUGUAACGGAGAGUCAAUCCCCAUCUAUGCUGUGAUUGAAAACUUUUCUUCUCGACUCAUCGUGCCUAAAGCAGCUAUCUACCAAAUACAGACCUUCAUGGCAAAUGGCAAAACAAAAAGUCAUACAAAGUUGGUUGCCAGUGUGAGGGGUAACCACAUUCCAUCAGGCUGCACAGACACCUGGAAUGGAAAAACACUGAAGAUCCCACUUGUCUCUGCCUCAAUUCUCAACUCUUCAGUCAUCAGAGUGGAAUACUCCCUGGUCAUGGCACAGAUACCAGGUGCUAAGAAACUCAAGGUGGAGCUUCCCAUUGUGAUUGGCAGUAUACCAUACAAUGGCCUUGAAAGCAGAAGCUCCAGCUUGAGCAGUCACUUCAGCAUGGACAUGAGCUGGCUUGCACUGGCGCUUCCUGAAGUGCCUGAAACCCCCCCUAACUAUGCAGAUGUGGUGUCUGAGGAAGAGUUUGAACUGCACAGCCCCUCUUACUCUCAGUCCGAGGAGUUAGAGAGACAGCUUGGUGGACCAGCCUUUGUUUACAUCCAGGAGUUCAGGUUCCAGCCUCCACCACUGUACUCUGAGGUUAAUUCCCACCCAGUCCAUAGUUAGGCUAAAUGUUGAGCCUCGACGUCAUCUGUUAAAGAACCAAAGUGAUGCCUUCAAAUUGCAAUGUUGCACAAUAUUUAUAUUGUGGUGGAAAGAGUGUAAUAUAGAGUGAUCAAGUCGUGAACUAAUUAAACUUUGGAUUUAAAGCAGAUGAACAGUAUUGUUUUGAAUGAUUAUAUACUAGGCUGUGUUGAGAAAUGGAGCCUACUCUUUACAUGACUAUUAUUAGAAAUGGAAUUACUGCACAGCAUAUUGUUGUAGCAGGUAGGUGCAACAUAAUAUAAGAUAACACACCUUAUCUACUGUAUAUAAUGUAAAGCACUUUGAAAGCUACUGAAACCGAUUUUUGUCGUUGAAAUCUACAAUCGAUGUCGUGAAUCCUUUCCUGUUCAGGGUGUAUAAUAUAACAUGGCCAUUAUUUUUGAUGCAUUGUAACUAAAACGUUGAAAAUGUCUGAGCAGAAAGAGUAAUAUGCUUUGAUAGUUCAAAAGUUAUGCAAAUGUAUUAAUUCCAGGUGGAUAUUUUGACCUUGGAGUUGUUCCUUCUCAGAAUAUAUUGCCUUAUCUGAAAUGUAACUGAUGUUGAGUUUACAUGGUUGGUUUUGAAUUGUGAGUGCCUAGGGAAAACCUUGGAUCAUGCAGUGUUGUGAAUGUUUAUCAGGUACAGACGUAUGUACAGUGCCUUGCGAAAGUAUUCGGCCCCCUUGAACUUUGCGACACUUUGCCACAUUUCAGGCUUCAAACA